AAUUAUAUACAAUCUAUAUCAUGUGAUGAGUGCAUUUGGAUUCCUUCUAUUGUACUUUCACUUGAUUUCUAUCCAUUUUCUAUCAAAUCAAAAUGAAGAAUACUAGUCAAUAGUCAUCCACAUGCUGUGGAAAAUUAUUUCCACCUUAUCCCUUCUAUUGACUUGGUAGACAUGUUUGCACCAUACAACAAAGGGGGGGUCAUGUCAUGAAAGUAAUGGCUUCCUUCUUUUCUAUGAACAUGCUGUUUUUUAGUUGACUCCAAAUCUGAAUAGUCAACAUUAUAUGGCAACUACAUUUAUUCUUAGUUUAAUUCAUACUAUUACUAUACUCAUUCAUUAAGCUCUCUAAGUUUGAAAACAAAAUGAGUCUUUUUCGAGGAUUAUCAUUUCCUGGUUUUUUACUAGCACUAGCUUUGGUUUUGAGUUGUUUGUUUCUGUGUCAUGGAGGCACAACUAGUUCUUUUGUUAGGAAUGUUCAGAAGGCCAUUACUAUGCCACUUGAUAGUGAUGUGUUUUCUGUUCCUUCUGGUUAUAAUGCUCCCCAACAGGUUCAUAUAACACAAGGUGAUCUUGUUGGGAAAGCAGUGAUCGUGUCGUGGAUAACCGAAGAUGAGCCAGGGUCGAACGCAGUGCGUUACUGGAGUGCAAACAGCAAGCAGAAGAAGAAGCUAGCUAAAGGUGAAUUUGUUACUUAUAGAUUUUUCAAUUACUCAUCUGGUUUUAUUCAUCAUACUACUUUAAACAAUUUGGAGUACAACACUAAAUAUUAUUAUGAGGUUGGACUUGGAAACACAACAAGACAGUUUUGGUUUAUAACUCCUCCUGAGAUCGGUCCCGAUGUGCCAUACACGUUUGGUCUCAUAGGUGAUCUUGGUCAGAGUUAUGCUUCAAACACGACACUUUCCCAUUAUGAAUUGAACCCGAAAAAUGGGCAAACAGUGUUGUUUGUUGGCGAUCUCUCUUAUGCAGAAAACUUCCCGUACGAUGUCAAUCUUAGACGGGAUACUUGGGGAAGGUUUACAGAAAGGAGCGUGGCUUAUCAACCAUGGAUAUGGACAGUAGGAAACCAUGAAAUUGAUUUUGCACCAGAAAUCGGCGAAACUGAACCAUUCAAACCGUAUUCGAACAGAUACUACACUCCUUAUAAAGCAUCACAGAGUACUUCGCCCUUUUGGUAUUCUAUCAAAAGAGCUUCAGCACAUAUCAUUGUGUUGGCCUCGUAUUCAGCAUACGGAAAGUACACACCGCAGAACCAAUGGUUCGAACAGGAGCUACCGAAAGUUAACAGAACAGAAACUCCUUGGUUGAUUGUUGUAAUGCACGCACCUUGGUAUAACAGCUAUAACUAUCAUUACAUGGAAGGGGAAACAAUGAGAGUAAUGUAUGAGCCGUGGUUUGUUGAGUACAAGGUUGAUGUUGUGUUUGCUGGACAUGUUCAUGCAUAUGAACGAACCGAACGAGUGUCGAAUAUUGCGUAUAAUGUUGUAAAUGGUAUAUGCACACCUGUGAAAGAUCCAUCGGCUCCUGUAUACAUAACCAUCGGAGAUGGCGGGAAUCUGGGAGGCUUAGCAACCAACAUGACAGAACCACAGCCGGAAUACUCGGCAUUCAGAGAGUCUAGCUUUGGACAUGCCAUUUUUGAUAUAAAAAACAGAACGCAUGCUCAUUUUAGCUGGCAUAGAAAUCAAGAUGGUUAUUCUGUUGAGGCUGAUUCCCUUUGGUUUUUUAACAGAUUUUGGCACCCAAUUGAUGAUUCCACACCUCAUGUUUCCCAUUGAUUUACUACUCUUUUCAGAAGUAUAAGUACUCAAUGUGAUGUUAAUCAAUAAAGUCAUGAUUAUGUAAUAAUCAUGAUUAUCAUUACCUUUGAUUUUUGCCUUUUAAUAUAAUCCUUGUAGUACUUUGUACUCCCUCCGUCUCACAAGUUUCAUUUUUUUCUA